UUGUCUGACUGGGACAGACUGGAGAUUCAGUGCGAUCAGAGGCAGCAGAAAUGAAGAGUGCGCUGGUGUUUCUCCUGCUGGGCUUUGUGGCUCUGCUACAGGCCAAUCCACUGCCCUCACAACCGGUCCUUCAAACUCAGGAGAACUUCAACCUCAACCGGUUUUUGGGGAAGUGGUAUGACAUCGCCUCAGCCUCUAACUGUCCAUGGAGGAAGAAGUAUAAAGGAGAUUCUCCUAUUGGCUCUUUGGAGUUGAAUCGGAGCGACUCAUCAAAAGCUCUCAGCAUGAAGAGGAUCAUGUCCAGGCAUGGUGUGUGCAAGAUGAUCACUGGUGACUAUGAGCUGACUGAAACCCCUGGACGAUUCUACUACCACAGCGUCAAAUGGUCAGCUGAUGUGGAUGCCUAUGUUGUGCACACCAACUAUGAUGAGUAUGCACUGGUAGUGAUGCUGAAACAGCAGCAAGGAGGAAACAAAACCACCUCCGUCAAACUGUACGGUCGUAAAAUGGAACUGCGGCCCACGCUAUUGGAUGACUUCAAGGCCCUGGUGGCUGAGCAGGGAAUGAGUGCAGAUACAAUCUCCAUUAAACAGAACAAAGGUGAAUGUAUUCCAGGGGAGCAGACGACCCCAAAGCCUCAGACUCAAGUGAGAGCGAGAAGGACUGCUGUUCUGCCAGCACCGGAGGAAGGUUCUGGAGAUAUGCCCAUGUUCAGAGGAGCAGAGUCCUGUACAGCUGAAAAGGACUCUGGCCCGUGUUUUGGGAUGCUCCAGCGUUACCACUAUAACUCCUCCCUCAUGGCCUGCCAGAAGUUCAUAUAUGGAGGCUGUGUGGGCAACCAGAACAACUUUAUGACAGAGAAGGAGUGUCUGCAGACCUGCCGCACUGAGGCUGCCUGCAGGUUGCCGAUGGAUGCUGGUCCCUGUACCACUCCUCAAGAGCUGUGGGCCUUCGACUCGUCCAGCGGCAAGUGUGUGACCUUCAAAUACGGAGGCUGCAAAGGCAACGGCAACAAGUUCUACAGCCAAAAGGAGUGCGAGGAGUACUGUGGAGUAAUGAAAGAUGGUGAUGAGGAAUUCCUUAAACUGACCUAAAGAAGAGCAGUAAACUGAGCCAAAACAGUAAAUAUCUGCUAACACUGUGUAGUCCAGCUUUUCCAGCAAAUUUGUCCAUUAAUAGUCACAAAUUUGCAAAAGUGCACAAUAAACAGAGACCUAUACAUUCUG